UACCGCUCGUCGUUUCUCAUUAUCGUUUACAACGUCUUGUCUGGCGUGGGUAUCUUCGUUGCUGUCGUCGUCGCGGUUUGCCGUGCUCUGUGUGCCAGGAGUUUCGAUCCAACGCUGUACCGCCAAAAAAUUGUGCAUUAUCAACGCGUUUUUCCAUCAGCCACCCCAUCAGCUAAUAAGAUUGCCCUUGCCAACACACAUCAACCGAACUAAACAUGACCGAAGAAAGCGUGGCCGUAAAGAAGGGACGUGGCCGCCCGAAAAAGAACCCCGCCGCCGGCGGCUCACCCGCUGCCACCACCAAACCUACGCCCGAGAAGAAGAAACCGGUGGAGUUGCCGCCGGCAGCCGACUCGGCCGAAGAUAACGAGACCACCACCGAUACGGAGGAGAAUGGAUCACCGCCACCGGCACCGAAAUCGGCGGCCGGCAAAAAGCGUACCUCAGAGGCAACGCAGAACGAUAAGAGCGAACCGGCGCCGAAGCGGGGCCGUGGUCGACCACCGAAGGCAAACAAGUCGGCGGCGGCGAAGAAAAAACCGGUGGCGGCGGCUAGUAGCGGUCGCGGUCGCGGACGUCCGCGAAAGAAUCCCCUCAGAGGAGCAAGCGGGAGCACAAUGUCGGAUGCCGAGGUCGUUGAACCGAAGAAGGGUCGUGGACGCCCACCGAAUCCUGACAAGAAUAGUGUCACACCGAAGAAGCGAGCCCGCGCACUUUCGCCCAAAGAAUCCAAGGGUGCGGAGGAACGCGACAAGGAUAAAACCGUUGUGUCGGACGACGGGGAGGAACCGUCACCGAAGCGGGGCCGUGGAAGACCGAAGGGAAGCACCAAAAAGGCGGCCAAAUCGGCCAAGAAAGCACCGGCCGCACCGGUCGGUAGGGGACGGGGUCGGGGCCGGAAGAAGCCAGUGAAGGAGGAAUCGUCCGAGGAGGAGGAGGACGACGACGAUGAGGACGAGGAGGACGAGCCGGAGGAUAGUGAGGAGGGCAAUGAGGAAAAUUAUGAAAAUGAGGAAUCCGAUUCGUAAAUGCGGGGAGCCAACACCAUACACCAUACACACUGCCGCCAUUGUGUUUUCCCACCAUUUUUUGUUGUUGUCUUAUCGUGCUUGGGAAAAAUGAAACCCCAAACAAAUUUUCCAACCUUAAUCACUCGUCCCGUAUUGAGAGAAAUUUAGAUGGGGUUCGAACCUGCUUUCCUUUUACACAACUCAACAACGGUGUGUGUGUGUGUGAGAUCACGUGUUGUACUCGCGUACAUUUUAAAACAAUUCUUACUCGAAUCGUGUUCAAAUGAAGGUAUAAUAAUAAAAUGGAACAAACAUCAGUUUUGCCGCCAAAA